UCCUACAAACGCCCAAACUACGAAUAUAGCAAAAUCGGGUUUCCAUUUAGUCUUAAAGUAAAAAAUAUUAGAAAUGAUCACUGCGUUGAAGCAGCGGAACACGACGACUAUUUGACAUUUGACCAGCAACUCGAUCAUUUUGAUUCCUCAAACAAUGCCACUUGGAAACAACGGUACCUAGCUAACAUGGCCUUUUUUGACUUCUCUCUUCCUUCUUAUUCGCCCAUGUUUCUUAUGUUUGGCGAAAAAAGGGAAAUAAGGUCUCUAUUUGUAUCGGCCGGGCAAAAGUUCAAUAAUGCUAAGCAAUUUAAUGCUGGAAUGGUAAUUCUAGAACAUCGUUAUUUUGGCGAAUCGCAUCCAACCGCUAACACUUCAAUAGAAAACUUAAAGUACUUUACCAUUGAACAGUCACUAGAAGAUGCCGUUACUUUUAUUAAGUUCAUUAAACGCAAGUACAACAUAAGCGACAACCACAAAUGGAUCAUUUUUGGAGGAGACUACGCUGGUAACUUGGCCGCAUGGCUUCGCCUGAAACACCCCGAUGUCGUUUUGGGUGCCGUCGCCUCCAGUGCGCCCCUUCAAGCCAAACUCAGUUUUGACACUUUUCUCCAAGAGAUGGACACUGACUUGGGCAAGGGGUGUGUGAAUGAAGUCCGCCUGGCCAUGAACGAGUUCACCCAUAAACUAGGCAGCGAUUCAGGCAGAGAGUACCUGACAAAUCUGUUUGGACUUUGCACGCCGUUAAAGAACGCCAACCAGCUGGACAUCUCCCUAUUAGUCUACAUUAUAUCAAUUCCUUUUCAAGGAGCGGCAAUGUUUAAUGAAGAAAAUCCACGUUUUCCAAAUGAUCCCGGUGUUUGUGAGAUAAUGACAGACAGGCGUUAUGGCGCUUCAGCGCUUGAACGUUUAAGAGUAACCUUAUGGGAAUAUCGUAUAAGUAACUGUGUCUACUUCCAGUACAAACCUUACGUUGAUUUAGUUGCAGAAGUGGGGUGGCUCAAUUAUACUUCCGAUUAUCGUAUGGGGCUGUACUUGCAAUGCUCUACCAUAGGCCANCAAUGCUCCUCCAUAGGCCAGUUCGUCACCACUAGUCACAACGUUGACCAGCCGUUUGGCGACUACUUUUCAGUGGAGUUUUUCGUGCAGCAAUGCAAAGACAUUUUCGGGCCUCAAUUUGAUCAACAGGCAAUUGAGCGGGCCGUAGAACGGACUAACAAAGUCUACGGAGGGACCAAUCUGUCAACUACGCCCACUCUGAGCAAUGUCGUCUACGUCAACGGCCAACGUGAUCCGUGGCGUGUGUUGGGCGUGUUGGAGCAGCCACCCAACAGGCCCACCCUCCUUCCGGUGGUCAUCUCUGGAUCGGCUCACAACGAGGACAUCGACGUGCCGGAUGUGCAUGAUUCUCCGGAACUGACGGAAGCCCGUGCCAAGAUCAACAAAGCGAUUGAGCGAAUGCUAGCGGAGCAGCAGCAGCAGCAACAGCAGCAACACUGA